AUGACUGUCAGCGACCUCAAGACCGACCAAGGAGUAAAGGAGUUCGACUCAUAUAUUGCCGAUAGGAGUUACGUUGAAGGGUAUGUUCCAUCCCAGGCAGAUCUUGCAGUGCUAGAAGGUUUUGCUAAGCCACCUAGUGAUCAAACACCUCAUGCCAAAAGAUGGUAUAACCACAUUUCCUCAUUCUCUGAUGCAGAGAGAAAGAAAUUACCUGGUGUGAAGAAAGCUCCAGCUGGCUUCAGUGUAAAAGGCGGAUCAGAUGCCUGUCCUCUUCCAGCCAAAUCUGCACCUUCAAAACCUGCUGAUGAUGAUGAUGAUGUUGAUUUGUUUGGUUCCGACGAUGAAGAGGAUGCCGAAGCUGCCAAAAUCCGAGAGGAGAGAUUGAAAGCAUAUUCUGAAAAGAAAUCCAAGAAACCUGCCCUUAUUGCUAAGUCAUCUGUAUUAUUUGAUGUUAAACCUUGGGACGAUGAGACUGAUAUGGCUGAAAUGGAGAAGAAUGUUAGGACUAUUGAAAUGGACGGUCUUGUAUGGGGAGCUUCCAAACUAGUCCCUCUGGCGUAUGGUAUCAAGAAAUUGCAAAUAAUGUCCGUUGUAGAAGAUGAAAAAGUUUCUAUUGAUGAAUUAGUUGAAAAAAUACAAGAAUUCGAGGACUUUGUGCAAUCAGUCGACAUCGCAGCUUUUAAUAAAAUAUAA